AUUUCUUGUACUCUUCUGUUGGACUAUGGCCCCUUGGUUUCUCCCCUUGAGAUUUAUCAUAAGCUCUGUACGUAUAGUUGCGGUGACGCUUAUUUUGUCAGCUUCCUGAUAUAAUUUUGAGGCUAGUAAGUAUACUAUUCUCUCAAGCCAACUGAUAAAUGAUUGAACAUAAAUAACGAUGUCGGUAAAUCGUACCCUGUGAGUCAUUUAACGUCUGUUGCAGCUCCGAGCUGGGUUUCUGAAUAGGUAAGCCAAGGAUAUCGGAGCAAUAAGAUAUUAACAUUCCACAUCACGCUACCCUACACUCUUACGCGGGGUCAUAUCGUCCAGCUCGGCAUUUAAACAUCCACAAGCCUUCACAAACCCAUUGCGAGCAACGAUCAAGGCUAGACAAGUCAAUAAGCCGAGGCUCUUCAGAAUGACCAGUCACGGCAUAGCCCGCGCAGUGCGGUCACGGACAGAAGAACAGCGCCAGCAGGAUCUCGUCAAGAUCCAAAAAUACCGUGGUCUCGAGGACGAUAUACGCCAAAAGAUAUCCGACAACAACUAUGGUACCGAAACAUUCCAGCUUACCUCCAAGCUACUACGCCUCAACCCCGAAUACUACACGAUAUGGAACGCCCGCAGGCGCUGUCUAAUCUAUGGCUUAUUGUCCAAACCCUCGGCUGGAUCGCCGCUCUCGAAGGAGUCGCAGAAUACCUCAGCGAUAGACACUCACACAGCCUCUUCCGACGCUUCGUUGCCCUCCUCCUCGACCGAGAUCCCGCCACGCCCCAGCCUCCCGACAGCUGGGAAGACUGGUACAACGACUGAUAGCGAUGCCGAUACCGACGUGAUACGCUCCGAACUGGGCUUCACUGUUCCUCUGCUGAUGGAAUUCCCCAAGUGCUACUGGAUAUGGAAUUAUCGACUAUGGACGCUUGACCGUGCCAUCGAAAGACUUGAUGUAUCCAUAGCUCGGCGCAUUUGGGAAGAGGAGCUAGGUCUUGUCAGCAAGAUGCUCACCAAAGAUCGAAGGAACUUCCACGCCUGGGGCUACCGUCGCCACGUUGUCGCGCAGCUCGAGAGCUCCGUGCUCAACGGGCAGAGCUUGGUAGAGCUCGAGUUUGAGUAUACCACCAAAAAAAUCCAUGAGGAUUUGUCCAAUUUCUCAGCAUGGCAUAACCGAAGUCAGCUCAUUACAAGACUUUUGAAUGAGCGCAAAGCAGACGACGCGUCUCGCAAAGAUUUACUGAACAAAGAAAUCGAGAUUAUUCGCGAAGCGCUGAAUGUUGGACCGGAAGACCAGUCCUUAUGGUACUAUCAUCAGUUCCUAGUAUUGAACCUCGCAAAUUCUUCAUCAAGCCGCCAAAUAGCGCCAAAUCUGACGAUGGAGGAGCGCAAGUCAUACAUUGACGAUGAAAUAACCGAAAUCAAGGAUCUACUGCAAGACUACAAGGACAUAAAAUGGAUUUACGAGGCUCUCAUUGAGUACGCAAUCGCAUUGAGCCAGCUCACGGGGCAGCCAUUCGAGCCCCGGAGUCGAAGUGAUGUGACAUCUUGGUUACAGAUUCUCAGGAAAUUAGACCCUAAACGAAACGGACGAUGGAGUAAUUUGGAAAAAGACUUGGGCUUAUCACAGACAUGAUUCUGAACCUAUUAACUAUCUAAUAUAUGUAUACCAUACGCCAUUAGACCAUGAUGUAGCGAUGAAUUCGUUGAUAACUCCUAUCGACCGAAAAUUUGUGGACGCAAAUGUUUUAAAGUCCUCCAUCAUUAGUAUCAAUGUGCGC